AUGCAUCCCCCAAGUCCCAACCGGCUCCUCUCGAGCCUAGUUGCCUUCUGCGCCCUGACCGGUGCUGCCCACGCCUCCGAUGACGAAUCCUCCUCCGCGUCGCCCUCCCCAUCAACAACAGCCACCACAACCUCCACCGUAACACCCUGCGUCGCCACCUCCACCAACGGUGCCUUCUACGACCUCCGUCCCGACAUCGCCGUUGUUCCCGAAAAGGGCGUCAAGCUCGCCCGGGGUACGCACACCCAAGACUACCAAGCACGCGGUUACGAUUACGGAUACAACAUCACGCUCAACAUAUGCGCCCCUGUGGUGAAGGGCGUCGAGGAUGUCGUGGGUUUGACGAGCGAGGCAUGGAGCAAGGUCGGUGCCUGGUAUGAAAAGGGUGGAAAGGUACACAGCCUAGGGCAGGAGUCGGGAGCAUUGAAGCCGAGAGGAAGGAAGCUGGUGCUGCAGUAUACAGGAGGGUCGCCGUGUGAACCACCAGACGAUCACAAGGACGACAAACGGAAACGAAGCACCGGUGUUCACCAAGGCGCUGCGUACAGCAAAUACUCGGACGACCAAGACGAAGAUCGUGAUGACGACCAGACCGACUCCGACUCCGACAAGCGGAAACACAGCAACGCAUCCAAAAAGAAAAUCCGCCGCAAGUCCGCAACCAUCUCCUUCCUCUGCGACCGCUCCCCCGACACUUCCACCGCCGUCUCCUUCGUUGGCACCGAUCCCGACGAAUGCUCCUACUUUUUCGAGGUCCGCUCGCAACACGCCUGUGCCGGAGCCGAGCCACAUAAACCGGGGUCCGUGGGUCCCGGAGGAGUCUUUGCCAUCAUCUUCUUCAUUGCAUUGGCGGUGUACGUCAUUGGUGGUAUUUUCUACCAACGCACCGUCGUGAAGCAAAGAGGGUGGAGGCAGUUGCCCAACUAUACUCUAUGGGCCGGUAUCUGGAGCUUUCUCAAGGACAUCUUCGUCAUCCUCACUUCGUCCUGCGCUCGCUUCUUGCCUCUUCGCCGCGGGUAUCGAUCGUUGAACACGUCAUCUCGUGGCCGAUACGGUAACAACGACGACGAAAAUCGGUUGAUCGAUCAGCUUGAUGAGGAGUGGGACGACUGA